UUGUGUUCAGUAAUGGCAAGAGGUGAUACAGAAGAUCCAUUCAAGUGGAUAUUCCAAAUUAGAAGUCAAUGAAUGGUAGUUUAGACAUCUCUAAGCAGCAUGAUUACUCUUACCUGUAAAUGAAAGUAGACCUAUCUUAAUUCAGGCAUGUGGAUGUCUCACCUUAAAGAUGUUAUCUCAAGAACAGGGGAUUCUCUUCUUUGUACCUCACUUUAUUCUUUUGUGUUUCACUUUCAGGUUCUCUCUUCUCAUGAAGGUGGUAGCCAGAGGUAGACACUGUGAUAACCCCCCAGCAAUGGAGAAAUCAUGAUUUUUGUUUCUUUUCUCUCUUCCUUCUCUAAGCCAUUGACGAUGGCCCUUAGUAAUUCCAGCUGGAGGCUACUGCAGCCUUCUUUUUUCCUGAUGGGCAUCCCCGGUUUAGAGGAAAGCCAGCACUGGAUAGCAAUGCCGCUGAGUGUCCUUUAUCUCUUUGCUGUAAUGGGCAAUGUCACCAUCAUCUUUAUCAUCUGGACUGACCCAUCCUUGCACCAGCCUAUGUACCUCUUUCUGGCCAUGCUCUCUGGCAUUGACCUAGUGCUGGCGUCCUCCACUGCACCCAAAACCCUUGCAGUGCUCCUGGUUCAUGCCCAUGAGAUUGGGUACACUGUCUGCCUGACCCAAAUGUUCUUCAUCCAUGCGUUCUCUUCCAUGGAGUCAGGUGUACUUGUGGCCAUGGCUCUGGAUCGCUAUGUAGCCAUUUGUCACCCUCUGCACCAUUCCACCAUCUUGCAUCCAGGGAUCAUAGGGCGCAUUGGAAUGGCAGUGCUGGUACGGGGGUUACUCCUCCUCCUCCCCUUCCCUAUCCUGUUGCGGAGACUUAUCUUCUGCCAGGCCACCGUCAUAGGCCAUGCCUAUUGUGAACAUAUGGCUGUGGUGAAACUUGCCUGCUCAGAAACCACAGUGAACCGAGCUUAUGGGUUGGCAGUGGCCCUGCUUGUGGUUGGGCUAGAUGUCGUGGCCAUCGGUAUUUCCUAUGCCUUCAUCCUCCAGACAGUGCUGAAAGUACCAGGGGGUGAGGCCCGACUUAAGGCCUUUAGCACAUGUGGGUCUCACAUUUGUGUCAUCCUGAUCUUCUAUGUUCCUGGAAUAUUCUCCUUCCUCACUCACCGCUUUGGCCACCAUGUACCCCAUCAUGUCCAUGUUCUUCUGGCCACACUCUACCUCCUCGUGCCACCUGCACUCAAUCCUCUUGUCUAUGGGGUGAAGACUCAGCAGAUCCGCCAGCGAGUACUCAGGGUAUUCUCCCUAAAAGGAUGGAUCUGAACACAUCCCAGUUAUUAUUUUCUGAGGCUCAGGCCAAAGGUACUGUCAGGAACCCAUAGCUGGUUUAGGCUAUGUGGAUAGAAAUCAUUGCACAGUGAGGGGUCCUUCCAGUCCUGCUAUCUCACGGCAAAGAACACCCCUGGGCACUUGGCUCCAUCACUUAUUGGAUUACUUGGAUAGCAGAUUU